GACAACAAACGAAUCAGUCGAAAAAAAAAAAAAAAAGACAACAAACGAAUCAAACUUCACCGAGAAACAAAAUUGCUUUGAUCGAUCGUUAAAUCCUAAGAAUGGAUCCAAAAUCGCCGGAAUUUAUCGUGGACCCGCCGCUUCACAGCUUAGGAUUCGUCUUCGAAGAGAUCUCCGCCACCAGAGUUUCCGGCCGCCUCACCGUGACUGACAAAUGCUGCCAGCCGUUCAAGGUAUUGCACGGCGGCGUAUCCGCUCUGAUCGCCGAGGGACUCGCCAGUCUCGGCGCCGGAAUCGCCUCUGGCUAUAGACGAGUCGCCGGUAUUCAUCUAUCCAUUCACCAUAUCCGACCAGCUGCCCUCGGCAAUUUCGUCUUCGCCGAAUCUUUUCCCGUCUCCGCCGGCAAAAAUAUCCAGGUAUGGGAGGUCCGGUUAUGGAUAACCAAGAAAACCGAGGAACAAGAGAAGAAAAUAAUGGUAUCAACAUCUCGGGUUACUCUCUUCUGCGGUCUACCUAUACCGGACCAUGCUAAAGGUACUCCGGAGAAGGUGAAGAAGCUAGUUUCCAAGUUGUAAUUCAAAUAGUAUCUUAUCUCUCUCACAUUAUUUGUUGGGAAUAAGAACGGGUUUUAGUUUGGUUUGAUUGUAUCUACCAAACGAUUAAAUAAAUUGCCGCAGGUAUCAGACAUGAUUAA